ACUUUGUCGAAUAAAAAUAAAAUAAAAAUACCUGAAAGAAAAAAGUAAAACUACUUGAAUAUGUCGGAGAAAUUGCUGAAAAUCACUUACCACAAUGCACCAGCUGGCACAGGCAAGAAGUUGAAUGCAUAUCUGCGAAUGCCAUCAAACAACUUUAGCAUUCUACGUCGCGAAAUCGACAUGUACCUGUUCCAGGAGCGACAGCUUGCCAAAUGCGAGAUAAGGACAUAUUGGAUUGAUUCCGAUGGUGAUGAAAUAGAAGUCUUCAAUCAAAAUGAUUAUGAAAUAUUCUUGGCCAAAUGCAAGGAGAAUAUGCAUUUGCAAAUUGCAGCUGUUGACGAUGGUAAGGCUGACGCCAAGCAGGCAUCAGCUGCUAAGCAAGCUGAGGAUGAUCCCAGCAAUUUCGUCAUCCAUGAUGGAGUCGAGUGCGAUGCAUGCGGCGCUCUACCAUUGGUCGGCUUUCGGUACAAGUGCAUACAGUGCCCCAACUUUGAUCUGUGCCAGGCCUGCGAGUCGGCUCACAAGCAUGCCGAUCACUUGAUGGUCCGCAUGCCCACCAACAGUGGACCGAGUGUGGUUGAGGCCUGGCUAAGUGGUCCGAGUGCCACCUCGCAUCAUCAUCGUCGUUCGAGCCGUCGCACUCGCGAUCAGUGCCCAUUCGCAGGGGCAACUGCAACUGCUACGACAACUGCUACUUCAGCACAGGCUACCCCAGCUGGUGCAGCUCCGUGCUGGACUCGUCGCGAAAGACGCCAUGGUCGCCGGAAUGGCAACGUAUUCUCUCAAUUCGUAGACAUGAUGAUGCAUUUGCCGGAGAGCAAUGCAACGCCCACUGCGGCUGCCGCAACUCAGGAGGCACAAGAGCCGGAGCCAAAAGAGAAGCCAACUGUAGUGAAUAAUGACAAAUCUGAAGGAACCCAGAAAACCGAGAAAGUAGGGGAGUCGACUGACGUCCCAGUAAAGCAAAAGCAAGCAGCUUCAACUGAAGCAAAUGCUGAAGCAAAUGCACAAGAGCCGGUGGCUGCUCCUCGCAGCCCCAAGGAGCAAGCCCAGACACAGGCAACUGCCACGCCUACUCCGAAUAGCACACCAACAACCCCAGUAAUCAGUCUGGAGAAUUUGGCACAGGUUGUCAAUCCCGAGUAUAUGCGUGCCGGUAUUGAAAUCUUGAACAACUUUAGCGAAAUGUUUGCUAAAAUAAUUGAUCCCAGUGCAGCAGCCGAUUUUGGCUGUGCCGAGACCUCCAUGGCUUCAAAUGGCUCAACGGCCUCUGAGAAAUCUGAGGCUAGCAAUGGAGUACAGGCGUCUGCUCCAACUGCUGAUGCAGCUACAGCUACAACUGCAACUACAACUACAACAACUACAACUGCCACUGAAACUGAAACUGUUGGCGAGCCAGUGGCACAGACGACUAAUACCCUGGUGGAGGAACGACGCCGAUCGGAGAGCUUGGAUCAGGAUUGGCAAAUGAUUGAUAACACGGCCUCGCCCAUGGCCAAUGUCUCUAGCUCGGAUGCAUUGAUCAACUUGAGCAACACAAACGCGACCACAACUGAUUCACCGGUGACCCCAGCCCGUGAUUUCGCGCAAUUGGGUGAGAUGUUGCGUCAGCACGUGAACGAGGAACAGCAGCGGGAACUGGCAACAGCUCACACCCAAACCUCCCAGGUGAGCACGGUCAGCACAUCGACUUCAACCACAGCUGUGGCCACCAACAGCACCUCGACAUCGACAGCGGGCAAUCCUCCAGCCCCUGAGCAGAAGCGCCAAGUGCCCAUCUAUCAUACUGAUGAACGCAUCAAUAACGCAGUGCACGCGAUGAUGGCCAUGGGCUUCAGCAAUGAGGGAGCCUGGUUGACGCAGCUGUUGGACUCAGUGAAGGGCAACAUACCGGCUGCAUUGGACAUUAUGAAUGCAUCGCAAAGUGGUCGCAAUUGAUUCAUUUUGUCGCAUAUUUAUAAGUUCAUUCAUUUUAUCUUCGACAAUUAAUAUUAGCUUCAGGCAUAUUAUGUCAAUUUAUGUUAUCUUUGGUGAAGUGUUUUCAUUCGUUUUACGAAACGAAUGAUAAUCAAGUAUAUAAUCUAU